GAUCGGAUCUUGUUGUGCGAGUGCCAGAGCUCGGAGUGCGAAGCGGAGCUGGAGGUGACGCCGAGUCCGAUGGAGACCGCUGGGCGCCGCGCGUGGUACGCCCUCGCUCCAGACCUGGACGUGUACCCACACAUCUUGUCGGAGGGCCAAAGACUCAGGGCAGCGAGUGCGGCAUACGGCGCCGAGUGGGAGCCGACCGCGCUCGAGGUGCGCGAAGCCCUGGAGGCGGUGAGGCCAGGCUGCCUGGCCCUCCAGGGCGGCGAGAAGCCCUCCAGGCGCAUCAAGGGGAAGGCCUCGUGGAGGUCGACUCCAGCAGCAGCAGCGGCAACUAGCCCGGCGGAGGAGCUCUAUCCAGGCCUGCUGGUGGGAUCGGGACCACUGCCCGCCAACGACGGGCUGAGCUGGCACGUGGUGGCGGGGGAGAACCCGACGGAGCUCAGGCAGGCGGUGCGCCACCAGGACUUCGGGAAGGUUGGCAUCGCCACUCGCGGCGCCGACAGCAUGCCGGCGAAGGCCGCGGACCCCUCGUCGCCCGGCCCGGAGCUGGAGACAGACGCGCGUGUGCUGGACAUCAAGACCAGGCCCGACAGCAGUCGACAUCGUCACUUCACUGAGGCCGCCCGCCUGGCGUCGACCACGGAGUGGGCUGAGUGGCCCAUCAUGGGCCCGAGGACGGCAGGACCACAUCCACGCCAGGACCAGCAUCCUCGGGCCCGACACACGAAGUGGGUCCACGCGUGCAGGCUGGAGGCCACGGACGAGGGCGUCCGCGACCACCACCUCGCCAUGCGCAUGGCGGAGCUCGGCCUCAGCUUCGAUCGGCUGAACCUGGGCGAGCUCGCCUCCUGCGAGCUCUUGAUGCGGAAGGCCCAGAUGGCCGAAUGGCGGCAUCGCGAUCGCCUUGCGGCCGUCCAGGGUGGCGACCUGAUGGAGGAGAGCUACCUCCACCUCGGCACAGGUGAGACCCGUGGGCUGGCGAUGGUCGCGCCGCGCUGGGCGGAGCUCCAGAAGAAGAUCCAGCAGCAGGCCGCCGAGCUCAGGAAGAUUCAGGAGAAGGGCGCGGGCAAGGACCAGGCGGCCGGCCGCGGGGCCGCUGGGCAGCAACGCAGCCUGGAUUUCACGCAGUCCAUCGUCGAGCAGGCGGGCCCACCGCCCUGCUCACCCGCGGCAGCCCACCAGGAGCUGUGCGGCCACCAGCCGGGCUACGCUACCGAGCCCGAGCAACCUGCCCAGUACCAGAGGGAGAUCCUCUCCCUGCCGGGGCCGGGCGCGCGCUGUGAUCCCAGCGACGUCCUGCGUGGCCUCGAGCACGAUCAGUGGGUGCAUUGGGAGAGACAUUUGUUGCGCCGAACGCCUGCACCUGACAAGGAGAUCAAGCUUCACAAUGAUCGCAAUCUUAUGGCGGAUAGGCGGCGCUAUGCGCAGUUCAUCUUGGGCCUGCACACCUCCGGCCUUGUCAGAGUCGGGGCCAAGCGCAGUGCCACGGUGGGCGUGUUUUGUGCGUGGAAGAGCGGGCGAGAACGACUUCGGCUCAUCUUCGACAAGCGACGAGUCAACGCACGGUUUCACGACCCUGAUCACUCUCAGCUACCCAGUGCCGCCGCGUGGGCGGCGCUACGUACCAAUCCUUCUUCUUCGUUGAGUAUGGCUCAGGCCGACGUGGACAACGCCUUCUACAGGGUGAAGUUGCCUGACAAGAUGGACGAGCAUUUCUCGUCGCCGAGCGUGCACUUGAGUUCGCUCCGACAGCUCGCCGAGGGGCUGCUGGAGACAACCGUGCUGCGGUCGGGGAUCGACGCCGGGCCGCUCAUCAUGGACCGCCACGCCCCCUUGCAGGUCCGCACCUCUUCGACCCAGCCUGGCGUUUACGUCGACAACGUUUGCAUCGUCGGCGGCGACGGCGACCGCCGCGUGGCCGACUGCACCAAGGUCGUCAGCGAGCUGGAGCGGGUCGGCCUGAAGUGCAAGGGCGCCAUGGAGCCCGAGGACCUGCAGACCUUCACCGGCAUCACCUUCGAGAGGCGCAGCGGGCGGGUAGGCAUCAGUCCGGGUCGGAUGUGGAAGAUCCGGCUUGCUCCGUUGUUCGUGGCGGACCGCCGCUCGGCCACGGGGGCAUACGUCUUGGCCCGUGUCGCUGGACACCGCCGCCUGCGGCUGUGGAGCCGCGUGGAGCUCGAGCUGCGGCAGGCGGCUGCCUUGCUGGUCUUCGCUUUCUCCGACUCCAAGAGACCCAACAGCCCCUUCGCCUACGCCUCGGACGCCUCCCGGGGCCAAUCUGGUUCAGGAGGCGGCCAUGGCGUGGUAGGGCAGACCUGGGCCGAUGAGCUCGUGGAGCGCACCGCCUCGUCAGCUGAGGCCUGGCGAUACUCCGUGCUGGACGCCAUCGGGGCCCGCGAGCGCGCGCUUGGCUUCGACCCGGUCGAGGGGACCAAGGUCGGCCGCCGCCAGGCCCGCGCUGGCUCCACCAGCUUCGAGGGGGUCGCGAGGUCCUCGAUCGGUGACUUCAACGAUUGGGGUGUCCUCUUCCACGGCGAGUUUCAGCGCGACGAGGACAUCGCCGUUCUUGAGGGGCGAGCGGCCGGCCGCACGGCACGCAGUGCGAGGGCGCUGCGGGCAGCGCCACUGCCGCUGUGCCGCGGCUUCGGGCGCGGAGCGGCCGGGCUCGGGGACGCACUGCACGACGACCCCUACCCGCUCGGUGGCCUCGCGGGGCUCCUCGGCGGGGCUCUCCGCCUAGCCUGGGCGAAGGCUCGCCGCUCAGCCCACCGCGGCGCAGACGAGCGAGCCCAGGCCGAGGGGCUCACGGUGCUGCAGAGCCUGAAGGUCGGCAACGCGUCCCGCGUGUACUUCGAGAAGGAGUACCUGGACUUCCUGACCCGGGCCCGCUCGAGGGGCCUGUCGAUCCUCGGGCUGGCAUCCAUCGACUCGACCUUCUCCCAGUACCUGGAUUUCCCGUUCUGGGAGGGCUACAAUCACCACAAGGGGGACAAGGCCUUCGCGGCGCUGAAGCACUUCAACCCGGGCCUGGGUUUGACUGCGGCGGCUCUGGAGAGGACCGCCGCCGGGCUGCGGGGCUUCCGCAAGCUGGCGAGGGGGUCGACGCGGGCCCCCAUGGCGAGGGAGCUGCUGUUCGCGGCCGCGGGCGUCGCCCUGCACCGAGGCUGGCGGAACUUCGCCAUCGCCCUGGCGCCCAGCUGGGACACGAUGGUUCGGCUUCCCAGCGAAAUCGUGCAGAUGACGCUCGCGACGCUGGUGGCGCCCGCGCCUCGCUCCGGCCGAGCCGCGUGGAGCCUGCUUCUUUUCCCAGAGGAGUACCAUCAGGUCAGCAAGACCUUGGGCUGCGACGAGGGCGUCGCGCCGUCAGACUCGAUGUCCGUGGCCCUCGGCGUGGACCUGGCCAGGCUGAAGCGAGGCCGCCCAGACGGCAAGCCGCUCUGGGACUUCGACGCGAGGGUCUUCAACGCCAAGUUCAGGACGGUUUUCGACAAGCUGGGCCACAAGGACUGCCACCCGUACCAGGUGCGCCACGGCGGGGCCUCGUACCGAGCCGCAGUCCUGGGCGAGAAGCUCGCGGACAUCCAGGCCAUGCUGAGGCACCAGUCGGACAACUCGACAAAGCGGUACGCCAGGCACGUCAGGUACUUCGCGGAGGUCGGGAAGCUCAGCCCCGAGGUGGCGCGGGACAUCGACGCCCGCCUGGGCGACCUGCUGCGGGGCGGUGCGGCCGAAGUCCUGACGGACGCGGCGGUGCGCCGCCACUGGCGGGCCGCGCUGCGGGCGGCCCUCUCGGGCUCCCGUAGGCACCAGGUGUACCUGGACUUGUUCAGCGGCACUGGCAAAGUUGCGAGUUGGCUCGAGCGGAAGUCCGACUACGCGGUCCUGCGGAUCGACGUGGCUGCCCACCCCGCCUUCGACCUGUCUCGGCGCGUGUGCGGGGCCAUCGUGAUCGGCUGGCUGAGAUCUCGCGUGGUGCGAG